AUUAGACUGACCAAAUUCUCAAACCUCAAAGUAUGUGGGGGAUUCUUAGAUUAAAAUCAAAAAACAAAAAUGGCAGCACACAAUUAUCCAUUUUGCAAUCUCUUGUUCAGACACAUUAUUAUUCAACACAAAUCAGCAGCAGCAGCAGCCGGCCCAAUUUGAUGGCGGAUUACUUGAUAAACUCACUUGGGUUUUCAAAAGAUGAAGCCUUUUCUGCUUCAACAAAAGUAAGUCAUCUUAAAUCCACUGAAAAUCCUAUUUCAGUUAUUGGGUUCUUAAAAAAAUGUAAUCUUGAUAAUACCCAGAUCAAAAAUAUUGUAUGUUCAUCCCCCAAGAUUUUAACCACAAAUGUUGAUAAAACCCUAGAACCCAGAUUAAGAAUUAUAGAGGAAUUAGGGCUAUCUGGGUCAGAUUUAGGAAAGUUGUUUGGAAAAAUUGUAUCUUCAAGUAUUUCAAGUACCAGAUUGUGUGAUAAUAUAAGUUAUUUGAGGGAAUUAUUAAGUAGUGAUGAGAAAGUGAUCAAGGUUAUACAAAGAUCGUGGUGGUUAUUGGCGACGAAUUUCACGAGUAAAGUGAAUGCUAGUUUGUCGGUUUUGAAAGAACAUGGUUUGUCUGAUGAAAAGAUUGAAUUAAUUCUGUUAAGAAACCCUGGUUGUUUACUGCAAAGUGUUGAGUGGUUGGAUGCAACUAUUAAGAAAGUUGAACCGGUUUUAGGCAUUUCGGCUGAAUCUCCAAGAUUUGUUGAUGGGAUUGAAAUAGUUGUUUCUAUGACUCAAGCGACGUUGGAUGCGAAGUUUGGAAUCUUUAGAAGCUUUGGGUGGUUGGAUUCUGAAAUACUUAAGAUGACUGUAGCUUUACCGUUUUGCUUGAGACUGUCCGAGGAUAAUAUGAAACUUACUUUGGAUUUUUUAAUGAACAAACUUGGUUAUACGGCUGCGUAUUUGUCCACUCACCCGAAACUGAUUGUUUAUAGUUUAAAAAGGAGGGUUAUACCUAGGUAUAACGUGUUGGAGGUUUUGAAAGAGAAGAAGGUUUUGAAGAGCAAGUUUUCGCUUUGUUCCGUGGUUGCUCUUUCCGAAGAGAAGUUUGUGAAAGAUUAUGUGUUGCCGUUUUCUGAAGGUGUGCCUCAUCUGUAUGAAACUUACACCAAGGCAACUGGUUACAAGCAGCAAAUCAAAUAACUUGUUUUAAUGAUCUUUGAGAACUGGUGCUUUGCGUGACUGACGAUGUUGCCCUGUAUGUUUUCUUGAACUUUUUAUAAGUUAUGUUUUUUGUCUUAGUUUUCUUUAUGAUGUUACUUAGCGGUGUGAUUAAACUUACAGAAAUCUGAUGCUAAGAUCUCUUGAUAUGAAUAGAAAGUCUAAGAACACAUUGUGGUACUUUGUUGAUGUUUAUGCUAUGUUAUCUUUAUUUUGACCAUU